AUGGGCGGUGCCAACACGAAAGAACAGGAAGCAGGAGGCAACAGUCUGAUAGGAUGUUGCAGCAAUAUCUCCAAGUCGACUGUGCCCCCCAUUCCUAACGACAUCAGCGUGAAGGCUGGAGUCGGCAUUGUGCUUGGAGCAAGGAAGGAUGGAGUCUUAUUCAUCGCAGGCAUUUGUCGGGGGAGUCCCGCGGAGCGUUCGAAGCUGAGGGUGUCGGCGCUGCUCAAGGGAGAGGAGGGAACAUCUCUGUCUAUCGAAGUGCGACGGCCGAGAGCUCGCACGAGCGCGCUUGAGGGCUCAGAGGAGGAUGAGGGGGGUCUGAUCGUCGACCAACUGGUCCGCAGCCAAAUUAACAGCCAAGCUGCGAGACAAGCUAUCGAAGAAGCCAUGGACAAGGCAAGAAGGCAAGGAGGUGUCAAAUUCUGA